GUGCACACGCUUCUUCGUGUGUCUUUUUCUCGCGGGGUGAUCUCGCGUAGACUACAUACUUCUUCCUUCAUCCUGGCGGCUGUUCUCAUUCUCUCUUUCCUUCCAUCUCUUGUUCUCCCGUUUCUCCUCGCUCCACCGGCUUCUCGAGGCGCGUGAAAAUUUCAGUGAACAAUGCACCUACACCUGUUUGACAGCGAAUCACGCGGCAUAGCUGACGAGCUGAGCACGAGAUACAAGAGAACGCACGAGAUGGUAGAAGCGAUGAAGAAAGUGGCGUCGUUGGACGUUGAGCUCACCGUUGAAGAAAGGAACCUUCUCUCAGUGGCGUACAAAAAUGUCAUUGGCGCGAGAAGAGCCUCGUGGAGAAUAAUCUCGAGCAUCGAGCAAAAGGAGGAGAACAAGGGUGCCGAGGGCAAACUAGAGAUGAUUCGUCAAUAUCGAUCUCAAGUUGAAAAGGAGCUCAAGGAUAUCUGCGCCGAUAUCCUCGGCGUUCUGGACAAACAUCUGAUCCCGUGUGCCUCCACGGGAGAAUCCAAAGUCUUCUAUUAUAAAAUGAAGGGUGAUUACCAUCGUUACUUGGCGGAAUUCGCUAUCGGAAACGACAGGAAGGAAGCAGCGGAGAACUCCCUGGUGGCGUACAAAGCGGCGAGUGACAUCGCCAUGACGGAUUUGCCACCGACUCACCCCAUUCGCCUAGGAUUAGCACUCAACUUCUCCGUGUUCUACUACGAGAUCCUCAAUAGUCCCGAUAGAGCGUGCCGCUUAGCAAAGGCGGCUUUCGACGACGCGAUCGCUGAGCUUGACACGCUCUCCGAAGAAAGCUACAAAGAUUCCACCCUUAUAAUGCAACUCCUCAGGGACAACCUCACCCUAUGGACAUCGGAUAUGCAAGGAGACGGUGAAGGAGAACAGAAGGAGCAACUGCAAGACGUAGAAGAUCAGGACGUAUCGUAACUUUAACUGUACAGGUGGCAGUUCGGGAUGGGAAGGGGAGAUCUUUUAGAAAUUCGCGUGAUCUUUGAGGAAAACAAGAAAAAAAACAAAACACACGCACCGUUACGAUUAUUUUGAGACAAAGCAAGCAACAGCAGCAACAGUAACAACAGCAACAAAAAAGAUAACAAAUCAUUAAUAUAAUAAAUAAAUUCAUUCGGUUGUAUUAUAAAACACACACAUACACACAAUUGAGUUAAAAUACGGAGUACGCAGAAAGUAAUGAGUAAACAAAAAAAGGACACACAUUCUGCGGUAAAUAGAGACUGCAAAGCAUUUAGGAGAGAAGGAGAGAGAGAGAGAGAGAGAGAGAGAGGGAGAGGGAGAGAGAGAGAGAAAAAAAAAGAAAGAAAGAAAGUGGCACUUUUUAAUCGCCCCCGUUUUUUGCGUAUCGAGAGGAAACACCGUCUUUGCACUGUGCAUGCGUCCGAUCAAAAUUCUAUCGACGUCGAGAAGAUCGAGACGACGGUGACACCGACCAUCGACUGGCAGCCUCGAAAAAUUCCAGUUGCAUUUCCGGAUUGCGCACGGCGUAGAGUGGUACGUCGUUCUCGGGUAAAAAUGUUCGGUCUCUGCCCACAAUCUCAGUGAGAGUGAGAGAUUUUGUGUGUCACACACAAACACGCAUACAUACAUAAAACGCGUCCGCGCGCCUUAUCUGUUCUUUGCAAUAAAAAAAGAGGCACGGAUGCUCGAUGUCACCAAGACGCAUCGCGUGUGUGUGUGUGUGUUCGUCUAUUCUCAUACCUGUACCUGUUCCACCACGUACCCGCUCCUAUCCUCGAGAAUUCCCUCUUCGUCCCGCUCCCUCUGCCCCCUUGAAACCUCGCUUUUUUACUGCGCGUAUGGUCGUCUCGCGUAUAUAAUGUAAUAAUCGCUACCGGUGUUUUUAUUAGUGUACGCGUGUAAGUCGAGUUUAUAUAGAAAUUGGGUUCACCUCAAGGUAUGAAACACUGGCGUCUUCGCGGGAAUAGCGGCGGCGCGGCGCCGUCAUGCUACAGUUGCUAAGACGGACCUCGCUUUCGAGCUUGUACUCUGUAAUAAGAUACGAUGUACUUCCGACGAAAUCCGAUUCGAGUGUAACAUUACACACCCACACAUGCGCACAUACCCGCGCACACACUCACACACACGUACACAGCCGACUAAAAAAAAAAAAAGAAAAAGGAAAGAAAAGAAAUUAAGAGAACAGAAACGCAUCUUAUAAAUUUUUGGUACAUAACCGAUGGUAUGUCAGAAGAAAGGAAUGUACCGCCUCACUUCGAUCACUCCUUCUGUACCUCGUUGUAAACACACACCAACACACAUCGUUUGCCCGAGCUUUCGGUAGAGGAAGGGAAAAUACAGAGAUAAAAAAGAAAAAAAUGAGUCUGUGUCGGCGCAAAGAUCCGGUGAACGAGCGAGGCGGAUGGUUAAAAUUUCCGGCGCGGUGACUCGCAAUUUCUUCGUUACUCUUACACGCGUCUCAUACGCGUGGGACGAGCGCGUUUUUAUCGCGUCAAGCUUGCGACGAGCAUCGUGACGAGAAAAAAAAGAAAAGGAAAGAGCGAAAAAUCGCGAGGAGGAACGAGAGGAAAAAAAAGAGUAAAAGAGAAAAGGGGAAAAUUACGUUAUAACGUAGGUGAGCCUCUUUUUAGCAUUACGUUACUCACAGCAAAGCAAAUAACUAUCUAGCUAGUCUGUAAUGUGGUUGUACGUUUUCAUACGCCCGUUGUGUAAACUAAUAUCGAUUGCUGUGGUAUAAGUGACAGAAUAAAUGACUGUACCUCGACUUUUUCCACCCACGCGCGCACCAUACACAUAUACACUCACACACAUGUGUGCGCGCGUUUGCGCUCGUAUUUGACGUACGCACGCAUACACACAAAGGGAUUGUCCGAAUUCGUGUGCGACAAUGUAUAUCGGGAAAAUUCGUAGGAAGAAAAUAACCAACAUGUAACUUCGUACUUUGUGUCUUCUCGCGACUUUUCCGCCGUGGUGUGCAAUUUUUCGAAUUUUUCAGACAUGGCGUGUGUGUGUAUGUGUGUGUGUGUGUGUAUGUGUGUGUGUGCGCGCGCACUCGUACACACACACACACAUACGCGCGCAUGUGCGCACGCACACAUACACUCACUCAAAACACAACACAGAGAUAUUGUCUUUUCCAUCCAGAUACACGAUAAUCAGUCCGUGUCUGUAAUUAUCCAUCUGCCGAUUCAUCGACGAGAGCCAUUCCAUCGACGUUUUUACGUUGAGACAUUCCAUUCUUCUUCUUGUACUAAGAAGUCUGUCGGAAUCGUAGAUUUACAGUGAAAAAAAAUAUACUCUUUCUUCAAACCGACGAGGUAAGCUUAGCGUUACGAUUACUACUGACCAUUUUACGCAUUAAACCUAUCUAGUUAUUAUAGAGCUAGAAUUACCAAAAUCCAUUUAAGCUCAGUUUUCUCGCUGAUAAUGCGACGGAAGAGAAAAAAAAGAUACAAAAAAGAGACUGGAGACGCCGAAUAAGCGCAGCAAAAAAGCGAAGAAGUUCGACAGUAACAAUAACAAAAGCAACAAUAACAAUCCAGAGAGAGAGACACAUGCGGUUUGCAAGCUCCGCGCGCUGUGAAACAAGCAAAAAAGAAAUUUGGUGUCCAUCGCGCCCCUGUAUUUAGGUAUUAUAACGAUUAUAAAAUUGAUGAUCGUGUUACAAACGAUACGUUAUGAGAAAAUAAGUCAAAGUAAUAUCAAUUGACAACCGUAAAAAGUAAGUAAGUAUAUUUGCGAAAUGUGUAAUUGUAAGAGCGUAAUAAGUAAGAUAUAAGAAGAAAAAACGAACGAAGAAAGAAAGAAAAAAAAAGAAACAGAAAAGACCAAUCUCGACGCGAAGGAUCAUCUGAGUGGACAGGUAGGAUCGACUCGUGUGUAGCACACGACGAUGAUCGAAGUUGCUUAUUAACCGAGAAAGAGAGAGAGAGACAGGAUUAAAUCGCGCGAAAACUGUGCAGGUGCAGGUAAACAGAGCUCUAAAUUAAGAACUGCGGAGCCAGAGCGGAAGCUAUCGUAGGCUAUAAACGCACGCGCAUAUAUAAAUAUAUAUUUCAUACUUUGAAAUAUACAUGUGUAUGUGUGUGUGGGUAGUGUAUGUGUAUAUGUACACACACAUACAUCACACACGCAGAGUGUAACUGAGAGACGGGUGGCCAAACUUUGGAAGCGUGAUCCGUUCAUUUUGUCGCACGAAGUGAUGCCGCAACUUGCUGAAGUUAUUCGCUACGCUUUCGUCACAUCGAGUGUCGAAUCGCUAAAAUUGUCCAAAAUUAUUCGUUAUAUGAUUUCGUCACGGCAAGUUUACUGAUAUUGCCUGGAUCAUUCGCUAUAAUUCCGUCACGCAAAACGUUAACGCGAAAAUGUCGAAAUGUUUCUUCGAUCAAAAAUACAAGGGAUUUAAAUCGAGAGGACAUGCGACUACACGGUCCAGUUGUCUCUUCUUUCGUCCUCGAGACAAGUAGGAUAUGCUCUUCUCGAGCUCGGCCGGCCGCUUCGGUUGCAUGCUGCAUGUGUGCGUGUAUUUCAAAGAGUACGUAUAAGUAUCUGUGCGGCAACAAAUGUUUUAAGAGAAUUAAGUACGUAAACGCGUCAGUGGCAACGAAUGGUGAUAGUGAUCUCCGAACGGCGAUGAAUGAUCAGCCGGACAAUCUGAUUACUCAUUCAUAGGCUGGAUCAGAGGUCGUCUUCUCGAUCACUCCGGAUUGAUCGCUUUUCGAACGACACAAAUUUCCCACGAGCAAGCUGAGCUCUUACUCAUCUCUCGUGGAUCUCUUCUGUUAAACAGCAUUUCACAGCGUUGCGCGAACUUGAAAAAACGUGUUAUUUUCUUCGUUCGACCAGCGAUUGCGAGAGAGCCAGUUUCCUUCGUGAAGUUCUUUCGAUUCAUGGAGUCCAAUUUUGCUCACAAAGAAUCGGCGAUAUGCGCCGAGGAAACCAAUUAAAGCUAGCUAGGAUCGAAAACUGCGAGAAAACACGGCUUUUAUCUCGUGUGUGUUCGAGCGAGAAAAAUAACUCUUUGAAUGUUACAAAAACCAUUGUAAGGAGCUGACAGAUGCUAUCCACAACAAUCCGAAGGCGCUGAUUUUGAGCAUCCGUUUUGUCCUACUGCACCUUUGAACGGUAAAACAAAGCGAAAGGUCGUGAAAAAUCAGUCGACUGUCACUCACCUUCGGACGCGCACACGUUGAUUCUUAUUGUCUAACGAAUUGAAAUUUGCGUCGACGCAGCGAUCAGUCGAAGGAGGGAGAGAAGAAGAGAUCCGCUGAUCACCAUGAACGAAUAAUGAAGCGAAGCGCAGCGUGGCUCAUCGCUCCUCGGAGGACUAAUUUUGCGUUUUUCUUUUUUCUUUCUUUGGAUCCGCAUGCAUUCUUAUCGCUCUGUACUACAAUCUCGAUGCAGUUACAUCGGAUACGAUCUUUUUUCUGUAAAACCACAGACACAUAAAAGCUACAAAUAAAGUAAUUACGAAUCUA